AUGGUGGUCUCCACCACCUUUAGCUCCUAUUCCGGCAUUCUCCUUGUCCUGCUUGGUGGGUUUGCCAUCGAUAAAGCCGACAUCAGCAACGUGUGGAUCUGGGCGUAUUGGAUUUCGCCUCUCAUGUACGUGCAGAACGCCCUCCCUGUUAACGAGUUUCUCGCGCCCCGCAGGAACGUCUCCGCAGGUCCCCUCUUCCCCACCACGGCCACAAUGGGGCAGGUGUUUCUAGAGAGCCGCUCGAUCCCAAUGGAUGACAAGUGGGUCGGCAUUGGUGUGGCUGCACUUAUUGGAUACAUCCUGCUUUUCAACCUCCUCACUGUUGCCACGCUCGCUUAUCUUGAUCCUGUGAAGCUCCCACUCUUGUGGUGCUACUGCUAUGCCCUCCGUGAUUCUCCACUCUGCUCUCUUGCCUGCUCUCUUGCCUGCUCUCUUGCCUGCUCACUUGCCUGCUCACUUGCCUGCUCUCUUGCCUGCUCUCCUGCCUUCUCUCUUGCCUGCUCUCUUGCGUGCUCUCUUGCGUGCUCUCUUGCAUGCUCUCUUGCGUGCUCUCUUGCGUGCUCUCGUACCUGCUCUCGUGCCUGCCUCUCUUGCUUGCUCUUGUGCUUGCUCUCUUGCCUUCUCUCUUGCCUGCUCUCUUGCCUGCUCUCUUGCCUGCUCUCUUGCCUUCUCUCUUGCCUGCUCUCUUGCCUGCUCUCUUGCCUGCUCUCUUGCCUUCUCUCUUGCCUGCUCUCUUGCGUGCUCUCUUGCUUGCUCUCUUGCCUGCUCUCUUGCCAGCUCUCUUGCCUGCUCUCUUGCCUGCUCUCUUGCCUGCUCACUUGCCUGCUCUCUAGCCUCUGCUCUCUUACCACUCACCCCAACACACCGACUCAUCCUGAGCCCUUAAUCUCUUAUGCUGCUGUCUCUCUCUCCCGUGCGCCUCUCCCUGCAUGUGUGAGAGUGGGAUCUGCGCCAGCCAGUGGUGUUGGAGGAGCAGAUAGAGGCGUAGCAUGCCACCUCCCGUGGGACCGCCCCCAACCGGUGGUGUCGGAGGAGCAGAUAGAGGCGAAGCACACCACCCGGACGGGCGAGGUGGUGGUUGCAGCGGGCGGCAACAGGAAGCGGUCCACUCGACGUGGAGUCCCAGGCCGAGUCCACCGGGGGCAAGCAUGGCAUGGUGCUGCCAUUCGUGCCGCACUCGCUCUCCUUCCACAACGUCAGCUACUUCGUCGGCAUGCCCGCCGAGGGAGCCCCCCCCCCCCCCCCCCCGACGAGCGCCUGCAGCUGCUGCGCAAAGUGUCGGACGCGUUCCGCCCCGCGGUGCUGACAGCGCUAAUGGGCGUGUCGGGCGCGGGCAAGACGAUGCUCAUGGACGUGCUGGCGGGGAGGAAGACCGGGGGGAACAUCGAGGGGGACGUGCGCGUGUCAGGGUUCCCCAAGGUGCACGAGAAGUUUGCUCACGUGGCAGGGUUCUGCGAGCAGAGCGAGAUUCACACACCGCAGGUGACGGUGCACGAGAGCCUGCUCUUCUCCGCGUGGCUGCGCCUACCGGCUGAUGUUGACAAGGAAGUCAGAGAAGAGUUUGUGGAGGAGGUGAUGGAACUAGUGGAGUUUGAUAGUCUGCGCGACGCCAUGGUGGGGUUGCCGGGGGUCAAUGGGCUCUCCACGGAGCAGCGCAAGCACCUCACCAUCGCCGUCAAGCUCUGA